UUACUUUAUAUUUUGUGUGAUAAUUAGAUAUGGACCUGAGUAUGAAACAAAUGAUUAAGUUGAUAGAGAAGGAUGCAGAUUCGUUUGCCAAGAAGGCGGAGAUGUAUUACCAAAAGAAGCUUGAGCUUAUUGGCCUUGUUGAUGAGUUUCAUUGUAUGCACCGUUCUCUGGCGGAGCGUUAUGAGAACAUCACCGGAGAGUUAAGAAAAGCCUCUCCUUUAAAGCUUAAGUCACAUUCUGAAAUCUCCUCCUCCGACCUCACUACUGUGUUGACCCUAGGUACUCCAUCUGCCCAAUGUGCUCUUGGUUGUGACAUUUAUCACAAGGAUAGAGAUGAUUCUGCUUCUAAAACAGAAUCUGAAUUGGAAUCUGACGAUUCUUCUGAUUAUGUGAGCAUUGGCUCUGAUUUUCAGUCCCUGAGCAAGAGGGUCACGGAUCUUGAGAUUGAACUCCGUGAACUCAAAAAGAGACCGGUAAUGCAACUUGAAGGGAAUACUGAUCAGAUUUUAUUGUCGAGGGAGGAAAACGAGAGUAAAUUUGUUGAUUACCCAGCAAAACUUGCGGUUUUUGAGAAAGAACUAAGAGAUACAAACAAGAACGUAAAAGAUUUGGGAGAUGAAGUUUCUAUAUUAAAGGGUCAGCUUGCAAGAUAUUUACCAUCUGAUUCGGAUGACGAACAGAGUGAAGGGACAUCUUCCACCCAAGACAUGGACUCUGAAGCUUCGUGUGAAGAGGUAAAAAUUACAAGCCCGAUGCUUCACGAGGGAGAGAAACAUAGUGGCAUCAUGAGAAAACAAGUUGGCAAGUCUGAUGACGCAAAAGUAAAGAUCUUGCUAAACUUUCUUGGAGAAGGAGAAUGUUCCUAUAACUUUGAUCUAGAGGAUAUAUAUCGUUCAUCACCAGAAAUAUUAGGAAAUGGUAGCUAUGGAAUAUCAUACAAGGUGACCAUGGAAGAUGACACAAUAGUUGUAGUAAAAAGGUUGAAAAAUGUGACCGCUGGAAAGAGUGAGUAUGAAGAGCAGAUGGAAAUUAUCAAUCGAGUGGGGCAGCACCCGAGCCUGGCUCCGCUCCGUGCAUAUCAUUUCUCCAAGGACGAGAAGCUCUUGAUUUAUGACUAUUAUCGAACUGGUAACUUAUCAUCACUCCUCCACGUUUAG